UUCGGAGGGGAAGAAAUGGGGUUCAAGAUAAAAUUCAAGAACCUACUGCGCGCCGCGGGAAGCAGCCGAUACGGCAGCGGCGGCGGCGGCGCCACCGCCGAGGCUGCACCGACGACGCCACCACGGGUUCCGCUCGCACCACCGCCCGCGUCGCCCACCUCGCCGUCCCCGCUUCAGGCGCCACGACCCCCUCCGCGUCCCGCCGGCAAGGACACGGAUGAAGGACCGGAUGAUGAGGAUUGGCAGGAGGUGGCAGAUGAUGAGGAUGAAGGACCGGAUGAUGAGAAUUCGCAGGAGGUGGCAGACGAUGAGCGCAAAAACUGGAAGCAACUUCUGGAUGGCAAGCGAACAUACCUCCGACCACCAAGGGGGCACCAUGUUCUCAGUGAUGUUUUCAAGUGUCCGGAUACUCGUAAAGCUGCAUUAGGACGCCAGAAACGACUCUCGCGUUUGGUUGAGAAACAUUCAAAGAAUUUCUUCAAGGAAAAGAUCAAGAUUCUCUGUCAGCAUUAUGCGCACUUCAGAAGAACUCGUGGAGAUGGCAGCUGUUUCUACAGGGCAUUCUUAUUCUCCUACUUGGAAAACCUUGGAUUAAUGCAAGAUAGUCAAGCUGAAGUUACUCGUCUAAUGGAACAUGUGGCUAUGUCCAGAGAGAAUUUCUGUCGUCUGAAAUGGGAUAAAGCAUACUUCUUAAAUCCUGAAGAAUACUUUUCAAGUGUUGUUUCUGAGUUCAGUCAUUUGGUCAACUCAGUUGCGAAUGGUCUGAGUUCUAGUGAGCUGUACAAUAGAAGUAUACAAGAGAUCGUGCCACUCAGGAUUAUUUCUUUGCUAAGAUUGCUGGCAGAGACUGAGAUCCGAUCACGAGAAGACGAUUACAAAUCACUUCUCCCAAAAGAAAUGGAUGCCCUUACGUAUUGCUGCAAGGAGCUGCGUCCUCUGGAUGUUGAAGCCGAGGUGCUACCAAUGAGGGCUCUAACAUAUGCGCUUGGCAUUCCGUUGCGUGUCGAAACUGUGGGCGAAGGUUCGAAUUGUGGAAUUCAAGUGGAGCGCCUUGAUUUAUUCCCCCGAUCGGAAUCGGGGAAGGGUCCUCUUCAUUUGGUACAAAGCUACUGGUCAUCCAUCACAACCCCUGGACCACAGGAUAUCGGAAGGGGCAACUUGUUAUCAUCUGACGGCACACCUUUGCUGACAUUGUUGUGUAGGCCUAGGCACUGUGACAUUCUUUAUCGCAGUGAACAAAACUAAGUGUAGAAAUAUCACUUCCUGUAGCCUACCUGGCAAGAAAAAUACUAGAUGAUGGUGUAGAAAUCUAGUGAUACUAUGGGCUUUCUUUUAUUGGCAUCUGCUCUCACAGUACUUGUGAUUAAUCUUUGAGCAAAAGCCAAAAGCUGCUUCAUUGGCUUGUACAUGGUGUGUUUUUCUUGAUGUUGUCCACAACUGCUUCUGUAUUUGGUGGUAUGCUAGUCGUUUUUUAUUUCUCCAA